GAAACACUCAAGCAGCUGUAGUGAGACAAACGUAACUGUUCUAGACGACAAAGAGCUAGAAAAUUAACGCAAAAUCUUUGCCUUUCUAAUUUAAUUGGCGAAUUUCGUGGCGAGAUAUUGCGACACACACAUAAAUACAUACAUAAGUAAUAUAUUAAUUUUAAGCAAUAAAUAUUUCAACUGCACGCCAAGCCAAUCGUCUAGGUCGUGCUGCAGCGAGCGCCGAGAGCAUACCGAACACCCGCUAUCAAUUGAAAGCCACAACGGUCGGUCAUUUACAUGCGACACUUUAUGGAAUAAUUGCAGAGGUUUCGAAGUGCAAGCGGCUGAUAAAAAGCGCAUACACAUAACGAGCGGAAAGUUAGCUGAAUUUAAGAAAAAUAAAGAGACACACGCAUACAAACAUAUAGACUUUCACACUUUCUUGCGCUGAGAAUAUAUUUAUAUUAAAUAUAUGAAAUUAAUAUACGCAAAAACAAAAACAACAAACGAGUGGCAACAAAAAAUUCUUUAAUCGUGACUGAAUUUCCGUGCCCCCUUCGUCCAACCGCUUUGCCUGCCAGAGCAAAAUCAGUAAAUCAGGCUAAUCUGCGGGUCGCCACGUUUAGUGGUCUAUUAGCUCAUCGAAAUUUCGGUGUUCGAGACGAGAGUGGUAUAAAAUCGCUGCGCUUGUCCGUUAGGCUUUCACAAAAGCAAUAAAAGAACUCAACGCAGCAGCAGCCACCAGCGAGCCAAAGGAAACGUAGUAGCGGUCAAUAUAAGUGAAAAAAAAAUUAAUUAAUUAAAAUUUCGAAAGUGUUUUUUGAGUGGUGUUAAGUGAAAUUGCAGUGACUUUCUAAAUUAAUGGAAAUCCCUUUUGCGCGGCCAUACAAAUUGAUUUUGGCACAAAUAAAAUAUCUGAAAUUGCCAGCAACGCGCGCCCAACAUAGCGAGUGAUGAAACUAUAGAAAAAAUCAAAAGUUGAAAAUCAAAUAGCGAACAGCAAAUAAAACACUACAACAAGUUGAACUCGCGCUGAAUUACAACAAAUCUGUUACAAGUGUGGAGAGCACGUGGAAAUCGUGAAAACUUUCAAAAAACGCGGAGAUCGUUCCUACCUAACCUAAAAGAGCAGUAUUUUAGUUUUUAUACGAUAAAAUAAAAGUAAAUAAAAAUAAAUAAAAUAAAUUAAAAUAAAAUAAAAUAAAAAAUAAAAUUAAAUAAAAAAAUAAAAAUAAAAUAAAAUUAAAUAAAAUAACACAACAACACAUUUCGAUAAAAAAGGUCAACAGUUUCCGUUGCCGCAAAGGGAAAAUUCACAUAUCAAACAUGAGGGCGCAUAUUGUCUUGGGUUUGCUGUGCUUGCUCUGCCUGACCGUGGGCAGUUAUGGACGCGCACGUGACAUUUGUUUGGUGCAACCCUCCAUAAAUGGUCUGUGCAUCUCAAACACUUUGGGCAUUGUCUACGACUUGGAUACACAACAUUGCAAAUAUAUGGGCUGCAGCACCGAUAAGAAACUAUUUGCAUCACUGGAGGAUUGCGAAAAAAUUUGCAACAAUUCCAGACAUCGUCGGCUGCGUAGCAAAUACAACAAUAAGACGAACAAUGUUAAUAGGGAGGAAUAAGUGAAUAAGUGCAGUGAAGCAGCAAAACAAAAACAAAUUACAAUGUAUUUCGUGAUUCUCGAUUUUGCUAAACUCUAAUUAGUUUAUUUAUAAUAACGAUUAAUAUAUAUAUAUAUAUAUAUGUAUGUAGUAUAGUUGCUAGAUUGUAAGCAUAAUUUAAUUUCGAAAAAUAAAUUUUUGUUACAAAAUGUGAA